UGCUUAGACACUCACCAAUAUUUCUACUGUCUUUGGACUCGGAUUAUUUCUAACGCUUUCACUUCUUAUCUUGUUACUGUUUUCCAAUAUCUGAUUCGUUCAAACAACACUGGAUCUUCAAUUUUUGGCUUUCAGUGUUCUUGGAUGUGUGUUUUCAUUUUGACGAGUUCAUUAGUGAGCCUAAAAGUCUGUAUUGAUUGAUAAUCUGAUAGUUCAGAGUUUUGGUGAAUUUUAUUCUUCAUGCACUGGAAUGAUGUUUUUAGGGAUUUUUCUCCUUUUUCCUUAAUUGGAAUUCACUUACCCCUUUUUCGUAAAUUGCAGUUUACCAGCCACAAAUAUAAUCCUGUGCAAGCGGGAAUGAAUAAUUGGGUUUAGAGUUAGGACAGGUGGUGUGGAGUGGUGUGGUGUCCUUUGCAAUGAGUGCACAAAUGUGAAGUGAAGUUCAGUCCACAACAGCUGUUUCUCGAGUGGGAAUUUGUGUUCAGCAACCAUCACUCUAUGGAGUCUGUACUGGGUAAUUGGCCAUCCUAUGACCCUCACAACUUCAGUCAGCUUCGACCUUCCGAUCCUUCAAGUUCUUCUAAAAUGGCACCGGCCACUUACCAUCCUACUCACAGCAGAACCCUUCCACCACCUGAUCAAGUGAUAAGUACUGAGGCCAAAAAUAUCCUACUGAGACAUAUCUAUCAGCAUGCUGAGGAGAAGUUGAAACCAAAAAGAGCAGCAUCUGAUAACCUUUUACCAGAGCAUGGAUGCAAGCAACCUAGAGUUUCCAGCUGACACAUGUCAUUGACCAUCUGUUGCAUGUGAUUGUGAGCUACUUUCCCGUAGAUAUAGCCUUAUUUUUCAAGAGUUUGGUUCUUGUUUGGAAUUGUGAACUAUUUUUCCAAUUGGAGAGUUUUUGUAAAUAUAAUUGCUCAUCAAAAUUUACAGUGAAAGAAAUGAUGCUAUAGAGGUGACAACCGAUUCUCCACAUUAGUUCUCAGGAAGAGAUUCGUGCUUUAAUUGAGGACUUUCAAAAUGCAUCUCAGUCUUUUCGACUCAGGAGUUUGCUUGUGCCGUAUUUUUCAUUGUAUAACUUUUUAGAUGAAUAAGCAAUUAUUGUCAUUCAUCAUUGAUAAAAAUGAAUGAGUACUCUAUAGUACAAAUUAAUGGUUAUGAAUUUGGUUUGAUGACUUUGAAGUUGAUAUUAAGAAAAGAAAAGAGAACGGGUACACACCCCAUUUGUUAUA